AUGGGAAUUCACUCUGGCCCUGUGGUGGCCGGUGUGGUUGGUAGCAAGUUGCCCAGAUAUCGCCUCUUCGGGAACACGGUGAACAUGGCCGCGCGCAUGAUGCAGAAGGGUUUGCCUGGCGAAUUGCAGUUCGGCGAGGCCACCAAGGCCUUGCUGCCGCCCCAGGUCAAGGUGACGCCCCGCGGCCAGGUGGAGAUGAAGGGGCAGGGAAAGGUGAACACGUAUCUGUUAGAUCACAAGGAAUGCUAUCGCCAUGUGACCGUCGUGCAGAUGUCCACUGUAAAGACCGGCAAAGCCCUCUUCAGGGCCUUGAUCGCUGGCAAGAAGGCGGCAGAGGGCGGUUUCCAAGGAGCUGCUCCUGGGUCGCCGCGCAGCGAAUUCCAAGAGAUCCUGCGGGAGGUCUUCCGAGAUCGCUCUGUUUCUCGCUGGUGGAGUUGUUUCUGCGCUUUCUGUCCUGGAUGGAACAGCUUUCCGAAAGAACUGGAAGUUGCGUACAAGAACUGGUACUUCCAGACCGUUUUCACCGACAACUUCAGUGCCAUCCGACUCCAGAGACAAACGCUCUUCAUGUUCAUCCUCACCGUGGUCGAGACGGGUUACAUGCUCUUUAUGAGUGAAGGCUUCGCCACCGUCCCCAACUUCUUCGAGGGCCUCGGCAAGCUCGAGAACUACUUUGGGCUCAGAUUGGCUGUGAUCGUUCUCUCCUUGGGCAUGUCCUUGAUUUGCCCGCCGGUGAUUAUGGCGUGCCGCCAUGAUUGCAGCAGCAGCUGGAAGGUGUGGUUCGCCUGGCUCGCCAGCCAGGCAGCGCACCUGACAUUUGUGACAGUUCUAAUGCUCUCCUACAUGCUGCUGCCAUCCUACGCCGCCGGACAGGCCAACGGCAAAAGCCAAGAGUUGACGGUGCCGGAUUAUGUGGUGGCGCUCAUGGCGUUGCCGGUGUAUGCUGCAGUGAUGAUGUCCUACCAGCAGGAUUUCCUCACCUCCGUCGUCUAUAUAGCGACGUUUGGCGUGAUGGUCCUUCUUUUGCGUUUCACGCCCGGUAUUGAUCAGAACGGCUAUCCCACGGGGGGCGUGACCUUCCUAGGGUACAGCAUGAUCUUCGCGGUGAAGGCCUACAUGGGCGAGCGCAGCUUGCGGGAGCAGUUCAAGGCUCGACACGCCAUCGAUGAAGCCAAGAGCCGGAUCGAGGACAUCCUCGACACUUUGAUGCCCCAACCGGUCAUGGAUGAGCUCCAACGUCUUCCCGCGGGCUCCAGUGCUUUGUCGCACCACUACCACCGGGCCACCUUGGUGCAAAGUGAUUUGAUCGGCUUUACGCGCAUGGCCUCGUUGAAACCGCCGGAGGCCGUGGUCAAGGCCGUCUCCGACCUGUUUGGCCUUUUUGAUGGCUUGGCUGAUGAGUAUGGGAUCUACAAGGUGGAGACUGUGGGGGAUGCCUACAUCGCUGGGCAAGCUGAGCCACCCUUGACGCUGGACAACUAUCCGCCCAAUGUGAUCCGCUUCGGGUUGAAGAUGAUCGGAGCGACUAAGAAGUGGUCAUCGGAGGCUUGGAGGAAGUGGUCAUGGAGGGUGGCCCCUUGGCCCUUGUGGCCCCUGGCAUCAGACUCGGAUGAGACCAUCGGGGUACGCGUGGGCGUGCACUCAGGCGAAUGCAUCGGUGGCAUCGUGGGGAUCGACAAGCAGCGCUAUCACCUCUUCGGUCAGCUGAUCCACCAGCUGGAGCUUCUAGAGUCCACAGCGCCAGAGAAUGGGCUCCAAGUGAGCAGUUCCUGCAAGGCGGCGGUGGAGGCCGCCUGGGCCAGCGAUACGCACACGCAUCGUGAGGAGAACCUCUCGGUGUCCUCGUGCUUGCGCUUCGACUUCGUCGAGCGCCCGGAGAAGCACCUGGUGACCUCGAAGGGGGAAGUGCAUCAAUAUGCAGAAGUGGGCGGCCGCACCUUCUUAGUUUGGCUGCCACCCUCCUGA